UUGGCCUCGGCGGCAGCCGCACCAGCGCUCUGGAGAACGCCGGGACGCCCGCCGGGCCAGCCGGAGCGGGCGAUGGGGCCCGUGUGAGCGCGCCCAGGCCCGGCCCGGUGCCCGGCGGGCGGCAGCAUGUCCGCGGGCGGCAGCGCCAGGAAGAGCACCGGGAGGCCCUCCUACUACUACCGGCUGCUGCGGCGGCCCCGGCUGCAGCGACAGAGGAGCCGCUCCCGCAGCCGGACCCGGCCCUCCAGGGAGUCGCCCCAAGAAAGGCCGGGCUCCCGGCGCAGCCUGCCCGGCAGCCUCUCGGAGAAGAGCCCCAGCAUGGAGCCCUCAGCUGCUACACCCUUCCGGGUCACGGGCUUCCUCAGCCGCCGCCUCAAGGGCUCUAUCAAGCGCACCAAGAGCCAGCCCAAGCUGGACCGCAACCACAGCUUCCGCCACAUCCUGCCGGGGUUCCGGAGCGCCACUGCUGCCGCCACUGCCUCCUCCGCCGCGGACAAUGAGAGGUCCCAUCUGAUGCCGAGGCUGAAAGAGUCUCGCUCCCACGAGUCCCUGCUCAGCCCCAGCAACGCAGUGGACGCGCUGGACCUCAGCAUGGAGGACGACGUGGUCAUCAAGCCUGUUCACAGCAGCCUCCUGGGCCAGGACUACUGCUUCGAGGUGACAACGUCAUCAGGAAGCAAGUGCUUCUCCUGCCGGUCAGCAGCCGAGCGGGAUAAGUGGAUGGAGAACCUGCGGCGAGCAGUACACCCCAACAAGGACAACAGCCGGCGUGUGGAGCACGUCCUGAAGCUGUGGGUGAUCGAGGCCAAGGACCUGCCAGCCAAGAAGAAGUACCUGUGCGAGCUGUGCCUGGAUGACGUGCUCUACGCCCGCACCACGGGCAAGCUCAAGACGGACAACGUCUUCUGGGGUGAGCACUUCGAGUUCCACAACCUGCCGCCCCUGCGCACCGUCACUGUCCACCUGUACCGGGAGACCGACAAGAAGAAGAAGAAGGAGCGCAACAGUUACCUGGGCCUGGUGAGCCUGCCCGCCACCUCAGUGGCCGGGCGGCAGUUCGUGGAAAAGUGGUACCCGGUGGUGACGCCCAACCCCAAGGGCGGCAAGGGCCCCGGGCCCAUGAUCCGCAUCAAGGCGCGUUACCAAACCAUCACCAUCCUGCCCAUGGAGAUGUACAAGGAGUUUGCCGAGCACAUCACCAACCACUACCUGGGGCUCUGCGCGGCCCUCGAGCCCAUCCUCAGUGCCAAGACCAAGGAGGAGAUGGCGUCGGCCCUGGUGCACAUCCUGCAGAGCACGGGCAAGGUGAAGGACUUCCUGACGGACCUGAUGAUGUCGGAGGUGGACCGCUGUGGGGAGAACGAGCACCUCAUCUUCCGGGAGAACACGCUGGCCACCAAGGCCAUCGAGGAGUACCUCAAGCUGGUGGGCCAGAAGUACCUGCAGGACGCGCUAGGCGAGUUUAUCAAAGCCCUGUAUGAGUCAGACGAGAACUGCGAAGUGGACCCAAGCAAGUGCUCAGCCGCUGACCUCCCCGAGCACCAGAGCAACCUCAAGAUGUGCUGCGAGCUGGCCUUCUGCAAGAUCAUCAACUCCUACUGCGUCUUCCCGCGGGAGCUGAAGGAAGUGUUUGCCUCAUGGCGCCAGGAGUGCAGCAGCCGCGGCCGGCCGGACAUCAGCGAGCGGCUCAUCAGUGCCUCCCUGUUUCUGCGCUUCCUGUGCCCAGCCAUCAUGUCGCCCUCACUCUUCCACCUGCUGCAGGAGUACCCCGAUGACCGCACAGCCCGCACCCUCACCCUCAUCGCCAAGGUUACCCAGAACCUGGCCAACUUCGCCAAGUUUGGCAGCAAGGAAGAGUACAUGUCUUUCAUGAACCAGUUCCUGGAGCACGAGUGGACCAACAUGCAACGCUUCCUCCUGGAGAUUUCCAACCCCGAGACCAUCUCCAACACAGCCGGCUUCGAGGGCUACAUCGACCUGGGCCGUGAGCUCUCCAGCCUGCACUCGCUGCUCUGGGAGGCUGUCAGCCAGCUCGAACAGAGCAUCGUAUCAAAACUGGGCCCCCUGCCUCGGAUCCUAAGGGACGUCCAUACUGCACUAAGCACCCCAGGCAGUGGGCAGCUCGCAGGGACCAACGACCUGGCCUCCACGCCUGGCUCUGGCAGCAGCAGCAUCUCGGCCGGGCUGCAGAAGAUGGUGAUUGAGAAUGAUCUCUCUGGGUCCUCCGGGGUCCAGCCCUCACCUGCCCGCAGCUCAAGUUACUCGGAAGCCAACGAACCUGAUCUUCAGAUGGCCAACGGUGGCAAGAGCCUGUCCAUGGUGGACCUCCAAGACGCUCGCACGCUGGACGGGGAGGCGGGUUCCCCGGCGGGGCCCGACGCCCUCUCUGCCGACGGGCAGGCACCUGCAACUCAGCUGGUGGCUGGGUGGCCAGCCCGGGCAGCCCCAGUGAACCUGGCAGGGCUGGCCACAGUGCGGCGGGCAGGCCAGACGCCAACCACACCGGGCACCUCUGAGGGCGCACCAGGCCGGCCCCAGUUGUUGGCACCACUCUCCUUCCAGAACCCUGUGUACCAGAUGGCGGCUGGCCUGCCUCUGUCGCCCCGCGGCCUUGGCGACUCGGGCUCUGAGGGCCACAGCUCCCUGAGCUCCCACAGCAACAGCGAGGAGUUGGCAGCUGCUGCCAAGCUGGGAAGUUUCAGCAGUGCCGCCGAGGAGCUCGGGCGACGGCCGGGGGAGCUGGCGCGGAGGCAGAUGUCACUGACUGAAAAGGGCGGGCAGCCCACGGUGCCACGGCAGAACAGUGCCGGCCCCCAGCGGAGGAUCGACCAGCCGCCGCCCCCACCCCCGCCCCCGCCUCCUGCCCCCCGUGGCCGGACACCGCCCACCCUGCUGAGCACCCUGCAGUACCCGCGGCCCUCGAGCGGAACCCUGGCGUCGGCCUCCCCUGACUGGGCUGGCCCCGGAGCCCGGCUACGGCAGCAGUCGUCCUCCUCCAAGGGCGACAGCCCCGAGCUGAAGCCUCGCGCGGUGCACAAGCAGGGCCCUUCACCCGUGAGCCCCAAUGCCCUGGACCGCACGGCCGCUUGGCUCUUGACUAUGAACGCGCAGUUAGAAGACGAGGGCCUGGGCCCAGACCCCCCCCACAGGGAUAGGCUAAGGAGUAAGGAGGAGCUCAGCCAAGCAGAAAAGGACCUGGCAGUGCUGCAGGACAAGUUACGAAUCUCCAACAAAAAGCUGGAGGAGUACGAGACCCUGUUCAAGUGCCAGGAGGAGACGACGCAGAAGCUGGUGCUGGAGUACCAGGCGCGGCUGGAAGAGGGUGAGGAGCGGCUGCGCCGGCAGCAGGAGGACAAGGAUAUCCAGAUGAAGGGCAUCAUCAGCAGGUUGAUGUCUGUGGAGGAGGAGCUGAAGAAGGACCACGCAGAGAUGCAAGCAGCUGUAGACUCCAAACAGAAGAUCAUUGAUGCCCAGGAGAAGCGCAUUGCCUCCCUGGACGCCGCCAACGCCCGCCUCAUGAGCGCCCUGACGCAGCUCAAAGAGAGGUACAGCAUGCAGACCCGUAACGGCCUCUCCCCCACCAACCCCACCAAAUUGCAGAUUACUGAGAACGGCGAGUUCAGAAACAGCAGCAAUUGUUAACCUGCCCGAGGCGAGGGAGGACUGGUGGCCCGGGGCAGGGCCUCCGCCUGGGGAGGAGCACCCCACAGUUGCAGCCCCAGCGCGGGGGGCAAGAGGCUGAGGCUUAUCUCCCCGUGCCCUCCGCCCGCGGUCCAGGAGGCGGCCACAGAGGGAGCAGAGACCGACGCGGCGGGAGCCCGCCCCCCUCUCUUCCGGCCCAAGAAGCGUGUUGGGUGCAGGCCGAAGAGACUGCACGUGGGGAGUGGGACAGCCUGGUGGGAGCAGGGGGCCAGCCAAAACACGUCUCUGUUGGUUAUUGAAUUUGGUGUGUGUCACCUUUCCUUCUUUAUCUGGCCAAGUGCAUGUACCCCCCACGCUCCCCAGGGAGGGAGCUGCCCGGAGAGGUGUGGGAUGAAUGAGCUAGGGGCCCAGGUUCCCUGGCAGCCAGGCCCCUGCCCUGUGGGACCUGCCCCCUCAGUUCCAGGAGCUGACAGGUCGGUCAGCAGGCGGGGAGAGGGUGGGGAGGACGGAGCUGCCAGAGUUCCGUGCCCCUGCCUGGCUGGGUACCUGCCACCGCAUGCAGCCUGUCGGGGACCCUUCCCGCUGUGAGGAACCGAAGAUUGACCCCAUACCUGUUCUCACACUCCUGCUUUCCCCUUCCUCCCUUGUUCUGCCAAAAAGAUCCAGGGAGGCUCACGGCUCUGUCUUCUGGGCCCUCACGCCUCCCUUACUUGCCACCCAGGCCCAGCCUGCUGCUCUGGGGCCCCCAAAGCCAAAGACCUGGGCAGAGUCGGCCCAGACGGCACUCUGCGUGCUGCAUGCCCUUCUGUGACCCUGCAGGGAGUGGCCGCUGUUGCUCACCCUGAGACAAAGGCUGAUCUUCCUGAUUGAUGGUUAAAAAAUUCUAAUGCCCGCGGGCCCUGAGAAGGUGGAUAACUGUGAUUUUUUUUCCUUUCACAGUAUGCAUUAGAAACAAAAGCCCGCUUGCUCGCUUGCUGGAACACAGGGGCCUUUUAAAUUGAGCGUGCGCACUGCAUGGGAAAUAGCGGCCCUGGAGGAUGUUAGACUUGCUCCCUCUCCAAGACAGCAGCGGCCUGCACCAGGCCCCGUGUGUGCGGCCGGCCUCCUCCUCACCCUUCCCGGGCCCCCAGCCAAGGACCCAGGCGCUGCAGACAGGCAAGGGGCACACCCCACAGCUGGGGCCGGUUUUCCUCAGCUCUAGGCUGUUCUGUAGCUUUUCAGCCCUCCCCGCCCCCGCUUGUGGGACCUAGGUGGGCAGGAGCCUGGGUCUCUCUGUGCCUCCCUGUUCCCAGCUCCAGCCCUGGGUACAAGAGCUGGGACAUUUGCCCCGCAGCAGAGUCAGGGCCUAUCCAGAGCCAACCCUCUGCUCAGCCUCAGGAAGCAGAGGAGACCCUUGGAAAGAGCGCCGAGCCCUUCCUGCCCCCGGGGCUGGAGACGUGCUGCCCCGGUGCCACAGAGCCCACCAGCAGGGGUGUGCAGGAGGCCCAGACCACACCGCACCCUGUCCUGGGCCCGUGCUUGGGGAUGGGCUCUUAGAUGAAACCUGCAGUUCAUUUAGGCCAGAGACAUGCUGGUGGGGCGAGGGCGGCCCCCGAGGGUCACAGACCUCAGGAAGGAAAGCCGUGGGGGCUGCGGCCCUACUCCCCCUCGUGGUCUCACAGUCAGGGCCUGGCCCCCGGGAGGCCUCUGUCAGUCUCGUCCCCCCACUGCCCAGUGAGCCCUCCCCUCCUCCCCAGCCCACUCCUCUCCCGCCGAUGCCUCGUACAGCAACCGUGGACUGAGCACGUCCUAGCAAUACAGGGGGAGGUUCCCAGGGCCCGACAGCAGGGCGCAGGGGGCCAGUGGCGGUCAGAGCUGGCAGCCCUUGGCUGGAUUGUGAGCUCUCAGGCCGAGAACCUUAUUUACCUAGUGCAAAAACUGUAAAAGUGUACAGACUCUUCACAGAUUUUUAUCUGAAUUGCAAGUCUGACAAUUUUUGUAAAUGUUCUUGGUGUUUGACUGUAAUGUAACUAUUUCACCUAAUGGUUGUACAUAGUCCUUUAGUCCUGGUGCUGCCGAGGGCUGCCUGGGACCGCUGCUCUCCGAUGGUUUGUAUUUUAUUUUUUAAUCUAGAGAACAGUAUUGGGCAGGAAGAAGAGGUUUGGGAUUUGGGUGUUGGGGUUUUGGCCCUGCCCAUGGCAUUUAUUUGUUUGCUUUGCAGAAGUGCUGUCUGUGUGGGGGUGAUGGGCACACAUGCCCUGGCUGGGCCGGCAAAGGGGGCUCCUGCCCGGGCCACACAGAACCUGUGUCUUGGUGUUGGAUGCUGCCAGCAGGCAGGGCCUGGAGGGCGGGGGAGUGAGAGAAGGCAGUCCCUGCCCGGGGAGGACCAAGGUCCCAGCCCAGACUGCUGGAGCAAGCUCUGCCCUCCUUUGCCAACACAGAGGCCUGACUCUUGUGCUUCACUUUUAUGUUUAGGGUGAAGGAAACUGCCAAACUUCCUAUAAGUGAAGACUUUUUCCAACUGCCCAGUAAGGGGGUGGGGAACCGAGGCCAGAGCUCCACACCCCCCCACCUCCACCCUUCAGAGCGUCUGCCUGGGGUGCACUGCUCUCUCUCCCACCCCGUCCGUCUGCGGAAGGCAGACUGUCCAGGGAAACAGCCCCUUUUCUACACACUCGGCUCCAGAGCCGUCGCAGCCCCCACACCACUUCCCUGCUCCCCCUUUUGUAAGUAUGUGAAAAGAACAAAACUGCAAAUGUUGGAGUCUUGGCUGGACUCUCCCUCCAGCUGUGACUUUUAACUGUGUAAUAAUGUACAGAGAAAGUUGGUGUUCUAAGACUGUGGCUGUGCAAUUUCUGUACAUUUGCAAUUAGAAAUAUUAAAGAUUUAUUUAGCUAU